AUGGAAAGGCGCUUACGCAUGACGAAUUACCAAAAACGCAAACAAUGCCCACGAGAAUUGUCUAGGUUGGCUGGAUUGUUUUGCGGUUGUCCGAGCUCGACGGCGAUGUUCUCCAAAGACCAGUCUAUCGAAACGUUCUCCGGGUGCCUCUAUCCUUCGCCAACUCACCCCAAGAAUCAGCGCCGUUCGCCAGCAGCUCGCUGCUCGUUUUCAACGUCACCAGGGACAGCACAAACUCGUCUCAUGGGACGGACCCGGGGUGUGUAUCAUACAAAUGAAUCCUUGUUGCUUAACCGCGUCGGACGCCUCCGGCCUCCAAUGCUCAUGAAGCCGAACGGAGCCAGUUGCACAUCGUUGACCAGACAGAUCCGAUUUAACUCCAUCACUCUUCCUUCCACAAUCUCCGCAACCCAAAAAAACAUCCAGCCGAGUCAGUAA